AUGGUAAGGUGGACGGCCCCAGUGGCGGGAUGGGUGAAAGUUAACGUCGACGGCUCGGUCACUCGUACUACAAGCUUGAGUAGCGCCGGGAGACUGAUACGUGACGAGACAGGUUGUUGGAUAGUGGGGUUUGCUAUGAACAUAGGGACGAGCACGGUUCUUGAGGCCGAGCUUUGGGGAGUGAUCCAGGGGUUAAAGCUAGCUUGGGACCGGGGCUUCCGACUAGUUGAGCUAGAAGUCGACAAUUUGAGUGUUACGAACUUGAUCUCUCGCUUGGAUGGAGAAGUCAGCUUUCAUCGUCAAAUGGUGCAGGUCAUCCGUGACCUUCUUGCUCGAGCAUAG